GGCAGACUAGUCUUCUCGAUAUAUAAUAGAAUCGGAACCUAUGUAUUUUCUUUACUGCCGCGAGGAAAGUAAAUGCCAAUCUGGUUUCGUUCCUGCGAGCUAAGUAGGUAUGUAUAUUGAAUGUAUGUACCCGAAAAGUACUCGACCCCCCCAAUAUGUCAUAUUGCUCACCGCUGAAUGCACCCACCAUGGGCAAGAAUAAGAACCUUUCGCUACGUUCGAAGGGAAAACGGAGAUAUGACCGUCAACAUACACGUGGCCGACUGCGCGAACAUGGUGAGCAGGAGGAGGGCGAGGUUUCGUCCACCGCCCGUCGUCGUAUCGACGUCCCCGUGGCGAUGUGGGAUUUCGACCACUGCGACCCGCGACGAUGUUCUGGGAAGAAACUUGCGAGACUUGGUUUGAUCAGGGAACUCAAGAUUGGGACCCGCUUUCGGGGCGUCGUUGUCUCACCAAAAGCAGUUACGGUCGUGAGCCCAGGUGACCGAGAUAUCAUCGCAAAAGAUGGUUUGGCGGUAGUCGAGUGCUCGUGGGCCAGGAUCGACGACGUCCCAUUUUCCAAGAUCGCAAGCCCAAACGAACGAUUGUUGCCAUAUCUCCUCGCUGCAAACCCGACCAAUUACGGUAGACCUUGGCGUCUGAACUGCGUUGAAGCUCUAUCGGCGGCAUUUUAUCUGACGGGGUUCGACGCACACGCAAAUACGCUCAUGGGAGAGUUCGGAUGGAGUGAAGCAUUUUGGAACAUCAACAGAUCGUACCUGGAAAGAUACAGGACGUGCCGUUCUUCAGAGGAGGUCGUUGCCAUGCAAGAUAACAUUAUCUCUGAGCUUGAGCAGGCGAGGAGAGAGAAAGAGAUGGACACCGGAAGCAUAGACGAUUUCCUCACUUCCAACCCGAACCACGCGGCAUGGACAGUCGAGACAGAAGAGGACGAAGAGGAGGAGGAGGAGGGGGAGGAGGGGGAGGAGGAGGAACAAGGAUAGAAUUG